CACACACACACACACCUUUUCUCUACACACUCUCUCACACACUCAUUCUCUCUCUCUACACACACUUUCUCCAUCUCACACUCUCUACGUACACACUUCCUGUCUGUUAAAUAACAGUGUCAGGAAUAUCAUCUAUCAUGGUGGGCUACUGUCCCAUCUGUGGGAAACCAGUCUACUUUGGUGAGAAGAAGAGGUCAUUGGGGAGGGACUACCACCCUCUGUGUCUGAAGUGUCAACUGUGUCAGAGACAGUUGACCCCGGGACAACAUGCUGAGCAUGAUGAGAAACCCUACUGCACCAACUGUUACAUGAAGACGUUUGGUACCAGAGGAACCAGUCUAACAAACCAAAAACCAACCAAAAUACAACCUAAUGAGAACUAACAGGCUAUCAACAAGGAUCUAUGUUCAACAAACCUGACAUUCAGCCAUCAAGCCAAUGACCAACCAACUAGACCCAACAUUCAGCCAACCAACGUUUGACCAACCAAGAAAUAACCAAUAGACAACCAAGCUGACAUUGAACAAACUACUAUCCAACCAACAGACAUCAGUCUCACUCUGAAAGAUCCCCUCUAUCAGUCAAUCAUAAAACACCUACCUGCUAUCCAAUCAACAGACAUCAGUGUCACUCUGAAAGAUCCCCUCUAUCAGUCAAUCAUAAAACACCUACCUGCUAUCCAAUCAACAGACAUCAGUCUCACUCUGAAAGAUCCCCUCUAUCAGUCAAUCAUAAAACACCUACCUGCUAUCCAAUCAACAGACAUCAGUGACACUCUGAAAGAUCCCCUCUAUCAGUCAAUCAUAAAACACCAUGAUGUUGUGUUGAAUGGAAACAACGGUUGUUCUUCAAUAAAACAGAAGCUUCUACAGUCGUCUGGUUGUUAAACACAGA